CCUUAUAUUAAGAAGCAGGUAUGUUUAUGUAUAUUCUGUUUUUAUGUAAACAUAGUUUAUAUAAAUAUACAGAUAUAUAAACAUAUACACCAUCUCAUCCGACCUUCUCCUCUCAAACAAGAACAAAAUAUUUGCUAAAUAUCAGAAUUAACGAAAUACAGGGUUACCCACAAAGGAUGAGACUUCUUGGUUCCCUCACACGGAUUUAAAAACUCGGUCCUUGUUCCAGUAUAGCUGUACUUUUUUAUCACAAUUUGAAACAAAUUUAUUUUCUCGUUUCUUCUACCUUUUUUAUGCGGAUUUGUUUAAGAAAAAUAUUUUAUAAUUGUUGACUUUUAGACCAAAAAUUACAGAAACCAAAUGCUUCUCUGUCUAAUUUGUUGAGCCAGAAAUAUGCUAACUUUUUCCUGGGUAUCAGUUCAAAAUUUAAAUACCAAAUUCAUGUCAGAGGACAAUAUUUUAAAUAAAAUUCGAUGUGCAUUAAAAAGUUUUUGGUCACCAUUGAAUUUUCAUCUUUUGUGGGUGACAUUGUAUCAUAUACCUUAUACCUUAUACAUCAGAGUCUAUAAUAUAAUUGUUUCAGGAUAUUCUUACUAGGAUCAAAAACGAUCCAAAUUCACAUUUCAAAAAUAUUUUUUACGAAUUCAAUCUUUAUUAUGGCCGAAGAGAUUUUUGCAUGUAUUUAUUAAAAUUGUAAAUAUCUUUUUCUGAAUAUCUGGGCGUAAUCAGGGUAGGGGGGAGCGAAUAGUAACCCCCCCCCCUCCCCUCUAUAAAUCUCAUUCCUCUUCCAUUUUAAUUAGAUCCUGGAAAGUGUUUCUUGCUGUUUAUCCAAAUGAUUAUAUCUGGCGCGGCACGCUAGUUUCUUCUAAAAUAUGAUUGUACCGACUCGACUAAUGUUUUCUUUCAAGUUGGCUCGUACCGCCAGCUAAAAUUUGCCAGAGAUUGACCCGGCCCGACCUCGGGAUCAACCGUGCCGGGCCCUUGUUCAAAGAUAAGUGCUCUCUCGUUGAUCAGUAUUACGCUGGAUGCGCUGUAGUGAGACAAGUAUGAGUGUCCUGUUUAGUUAAUCAAUCAAUUAAUCCUGUAAGUGAACCGUGAUGGAAAGAGAAGAGAUUUGCAGAGAGUUGUUCAAUCUAUCAGACACAGACAAAGAUGGAAUUAUUUGGAGGCGGGAUCUGGAGAGCGUUUGCCGCGAACUGGAUUUGGGGUUUACGGCGGACGCCAUUAUCCCGAAUGAUCAUAGAGGUCGUGUCUCUCAGCUUCAAUUCCAGAAAUAUUUCUCAGCUCUUCCCGACUCUGUUAUAUUCAACGAAACCUCGAAUUCAUCUUACGAGAGCCUCAAACGUAAAGAUGUAGUGCGGAGUGGAGGAUUCCAGUUUACCAGAGUACAGGAGUUUAGUUCAAGAGAGGAAUACGAGGAGAAGAUUGUUGAACUACAUUCAGUUAUUGCAGAACUAUCCAGAAAGAUGGAUGAGAGGACAGAGGACGUGAUCCACGAGGAGAGUGAGGACGCUCAAUCCUUCACCACAGACUCAUUCGUGGACGAGGGUAGGGACGAGGACGAUAGAGAGGACGAGUUCGAGGAUUAUACUAGCCUCGCUUUCGAGCGCGAUCUCGAGACCAAUUCAAAAUCAUACAGGAGACGACAGCAGGAAAUAAAGGAGCAGGAGAAGUUAAAACAGGAGCAGGAGCGCCAGAUGUUGGAGCAGGAGAGGCUUGAGUUGGAGCAGGAGCGGUUGGAACUGGAGGAGAAGGUUCGAAAACAGGAUCAGGAGCUGCUUCUCGUCAAACAGGAGAGAGACUCCUACAGGAGGCAGGUUGGUGACCUGAUGGCCACCUGUGAGUACCAGGAGGCCAGGAUGGAGGGGAAGGAGGCGAAGGAAGGGGAGAGGAACUGGGACAGAAGGAGUUUAAGACGGAAGAACAAAGACAAAGUACGAAAGAGAGCUGAGGACGAAAUUAAAAAUGUUGGAUCAAGAGAAGCUUGUAUAUCUCCGGUAGCGACCUCCUCCCCCCUACCUCCAAUUCAUCCUGCCCUCUCCGUCCACCUACCUGGACCUUCAUCCAUGCUCCCCGGCCUUCCUGGACCUCGAGCUAUCCUCUCUGGCCUCCCUGCACACCUUCCAGAGGCAGAAUUUGCCUCCAAAUGUCUCGAGUUUGAAUUUGAAAUCGAGAAAAUUAACUCUCAUGUUGAACAUUUAAAAAGCCAAAAUAAGGUUUUGAACCUAGCUCUGGCAGAGUCUCGCAGCACCUGUGAUGGUUUGACGGAGCUCCUCGGAAAAUAUGAGAGUAACAAUACUGCUCUACAGCUCUCCUUGUCCUACUGUGACACUAUGAUAGAGAGUUACGACGUGCUGGUCGCUCUACUGGAGACUACAGACCAGGGGCGUUCUCCAGGACGGAGUAAUAGAAAAAAGGCGGAAACAGUGGCUAGACAUCUUCUAUCCAGAGCAGAGAGAACCCGUCCUGACUCAGGGUUUGCUGUUUCACAGCUAGACACAACUUGGGAUAGCUCAGGGUACAGCCAAACCACUAGUUCCUGUUCAACCAGCAGUAGUAGUAUGGAGCAGGAGCAGGAUAUGGUGGAAGAAAAUAGGAUUAGAGAGUACAUAUCACAGCUCAAGGUUGGACGAGCUGGUGUACAAGCUACAGUACUAGAGCUAGAGAGUGUACACGGUAUGCUGGAGCCCAGGGACCAGGAGCUCGUCAAGGGAGGUGUUCAGCAUACUCAGGAGGAACUAGAGGUAGCUGUUCUACUACAGGAGAUAUGCUCUAUAAGGGAGGAGAGGGCAGAUAUCAGAGCGAAGCUGUAUCUUGUAUCCCGGGAGAAGGACGGGUUGGAGCUAGAGCUAGAGCAGGAGAAGGAGAAGCAGAAUAUUCUCCUAACCAGGAUACAGAUACAGGAGGAGAACCAGGGGUUCAAAGGUGAGUUUACAGAAGAGAGAGAGUCCGUGUUACAGGACAGAGUUCAGAAUCUUCUUAAAACCCUUGAGAAGGUUAAUAAAACUUCUGAACUAAGGCAGAAACAGUCCCUUGGCCUGAUAGAAGACCUCAAAAGAGCAAACAGUUUACUAACAACUGCACUGGAACAAGCAAAGCGGAAGUACUACAACAAAUUAAGAAAACUUGAAAGCAAAAUGUCAGGACAGAAAACUGACACCAUCUCUUCUGCAAGCUUGUGUUCAACCAAAAGUACAAAAAGUUGAAAAUUAAAUAAAAGGAUUGGAAGAGACUUGAAGUGAUAUUUUAAACUUUGUUCGUUGUGAACCUUAAAAGCAUAAUAUACCAGUAUUAUUAUAGUCUAUCAAAAAUAUAUGUGUUAUUAAUUAUGA